CUCGUUUCGGUCGUGUGUAAUUACUUCGCGAAUCCCACUGAUUGGUGAUGAGGGUUUGGUGUUCUUCACCUGCUUAAAAUAUAAUAAGCCACUUUUCCUUUUCUACUUUUGUAAUUGGCCGCCAGUUUCCCGCGCCUGUAAAGUUCCUACACGUCGAUAAGCUGACGGAGCAUCGACCGCCGUUUGCUCGUGAGGGAGUGGUAGCGGGUAGAACCAAUACGUACCGUGUUUGUAUAUAGUGCGUUGCGACCAUUGGUCUACAAUUUGUCGACCAAUCAUUGAGAAAGUGCACACUAAAAUAUCCAAUUUCACUGAAAAGAACACAGCUCCAUGGAACAGCAGUUAGCCACAACAGCUGAUGGCCAAGUCGUCCUACAACCGAUCCAAGGCGUGGCGCCGGGCCAGGUGCAGGUGAUGCAGAUGAAUACUGGCCAGGUUAUACAAGGAGCAAAUGGCCAGCAAAUAAUGGUACAUGCAGUUCCCUCUAAUGGCCAACUCCAAGUAGCUGGAGGAGCGCAAGGAUUACAACAGAUACAGGUGGUUCCUGUAAGCAGUCUACAGCAAGGCCACGUUGUAGUUCAACCCCAACAACAACCGCAACUAGUGCAAACAUCUGACGGCCAGACUUUUAUUUACCAUCCAAUGACAAUUGAAGGAGGCAUACAACAAACUGCUCCAACAGUUCUAAACAUAAAUGGCAACUUGGUACAAAUAGCGGGGACAGCUCAGGCAGCAACAACGAAUGGAGUUACUCAAACGACGGUGGCAUCUCCCACUUCUCAAGUAGUACCACAGACUCUGACAGCUAGUACUUCUCCAAAUCAACUAGCUAUGGCUAACGGAAACUUAGUCAUGGUGAGAAACACCGCAGACAUGGUACCAAGUGCAAGUGGUCAACAGUUUCAGAGAGUACAAAUCCCAGGAACGGAGUUUUUGGAAGAAGAACCUUUAUAUGUAAACGCAAAGCAAUAUAGAAGGAUUCUCAAAAGGAGGCAAGCUAGAGCUAAAUUAGAGUCUGAGGGAAAAAUACCCAAAGAAAGACCGAAAUAUCUUCACGAGUCAAGGCAUAGACAUGCAAUGAAUAGGAUACGAGGGGAAGGAGGGCGAUUUCAUUCUGGAUCAGUCAAGAAGAGAAGGGAAGAACAAGCGAGACUACAACAACAGCAGCAACAACACCACCACCACCAACAGCAACAAACCCAUCACGAAGUACAAGGUACAAUUGGUGUGUCAUACGGAAAUAUCGAAAUGACCACACCGAUUAUUAUAGAGGGAGUUAUGCCUGAUAUGAUUAAGACAGAUCCGCUCUCUAUAGAAGGAAAUUAGUAAAGGAUAAAUUACUAAAUUAUUAUUUAUUUUUCUGUAUUGACUCUGUUGACUCUGUAAAUAGCUUUAUCAAUUGUUUUUUACUGAUUAGUUAUUAUUUUGUUACAUUUUAUGUGAUAUUUUAAUCAUCUAAUGCAGAAACUUAAAAAAUCUACUGUACUAUAUAUUUAUUUUCAGAUACAAGUUUGAAAUACUUUGUAGAAAGGAACUCUAAUACAGCAAGAGCCCGUGGCCGCUAGGCAUUUCAUAUUUAAUAAAAGCUGAAAGUUUCUUUGCGCAUGUCCCCAACACAGGUAAAAACGAUCAGUGAGUACGGACUUUGGAUCGUGGUUACGUGAGUAGGUAACAGAUAGCAAAGGUGUGUAAAAUAUUAUUAUUACUUUCCUUAACCUUUAACUACCCGCGCAUCAAGUUAUAACAUAACUACACGCGUGGCGUACUUUGUACGCCACAAGAAAAUACACUUAAAAACAGCGGAUUUGUUUAAUUUUUUUUGAAAAAAUACACUUAGUUGUUUGUUAUAAACCUUAUUCGGCAUCAGUGAAUACUUGGAGUUCCUUUUCAGUAAGCCAAUUGGGAUUUAUAACUGGAAUCAUGGAAUAAUUGGAUUCCAUGAUAAAUAAAAUUACUAAUAAAAAAUUUUUUAAAUGUGAUUUUUUACAGGAGAAAAAGUAUUGUUUACAAAGAAAAAUAUAUUUUUUGCCAUAAUGACUAAAAAACAAUUAAAAUAUGUACUUAUAUUACGACUUAUAGUAAUAUAAUCCUGGGGUAUAUUGUCCACCACCAGAAACAACAAAUAAUAAAAUGUAAAUUACGAUCUUUCCAGAACGCCGAUUAUAACGAAACUAAAACCAAAUUGUAAAGCACAUUCCAGUGAUAGGUUAGAAAAAUAAGCAAGGUCAAAAAUUAAAUUUUUAAAUACAGGGUGUCCAGAAACUCUACCGACAAACGAAGACAGGAGAUUCCUCAGAUAAUUUUAAGACAAUUUAACCCAAUUUACUUAGUCCGAAAAUGCUUCCUAAGGGAGCUAGAGCUCUUUGAAGAUGGCGUCAUGUAAUUAGUUUUUCUUGAAUACCUCCAGAAAUGAAUUGAUUCCAUCCAUUGCGAAUUUCUAGUACUGGUCAUAGGCGUCCGUUUUUUGUAGAGCAACGGUUAUUUUAUCACAUAAAUUUUUUGUCUUCAACUUUUAAGCAUUUUUGAUACUGGAUUAUUAAAUUGUGAGGUAUUCUAGUACUCAAAGGUACUCUUAAUUUAAGUCGGUAGGACACACCGUUUUCUAGAAAAAUCGAUUUGAAAGUUUUUAGUUUUGGAAAUUUGAAAAAAAAAAUUGAAAAAAAUUUAAAAAAAAGAUGCAUUUUAUCAACUUAAAGCAAGAGUAAUUUUUAGUACUCGAAUAUCUGAUAAUUGAAUAAUCUUAGUGUCAAAAAUAUUUAAAAAUUAAAGACAAUAAAGUUAUGCUAUAAAGUAACUGUUGACCUACCCAAAACGGACGCCUAUGACCGGUAAUAGAAAAUCACCAUUAAUGAAAUCGAUUAAUCUCUUGAAUAUAAAUAAAUGUACCAGUUUUCAUCUUUCUAAAUAAUUUUUUUUGAGUCUUCUUUUUUGAAAUUCAAAGAACGAAAAAUUUUCAAACCGAUUUUUCUAGAAAACGGUGUAUCCUGUCGACUUAAAGUAAGAGUAUCUUUAAGUACUAGAAUACCUCAUAAUUUAAUAAUUCAGAGUCAAAAAUGCUUAAACAUUAAAGACAAAAAAGUUAGGCGAUAAAAUAACCGUUGCCCUACCCAAAACGGACGCCUAUGACCGGUACUAGAAAUUCACAAUGGAUGGAAUCGAUUCAUUUCUGAAAAGUAAAUACGCAUACUAAUUUUCGUUUUUCUAAAUAGAAGCGUUCUGGAGGUAUUUAAGAAAAACUAAUUACAUGACGCCAUCUUCAAAGAGCUCUAACUCUCUUAGGAAGCAUUUUCGGACUAGGUGAAUUGGGUUAAAUAGUCUUAAAAUUAUCUGAGGAAUCUCCUGUCUUCGUUUGUCGGUAGAGUUUCUGGACACCCUGUAUAUUUCCAGUAGAAUUCUUAUAUCUGGCGUACAAAGUACGCCAGCGCGGGUAGUUAAAGGUUAAAGUAUAAAAGUUAAAUUUUAUAUAUGUUACUUGGACUAAUCUCUUCUUCUUUCUUCUUUCUCAUAAUCCUUAGUGCCCUUCAGGGCGUCGGAUCUAAUCUCAAAAGAUAAUAUCUCAGUAGCCGGACAGUUUCAAUGGUUUUUUCACCUUGCCGGACACAUUGAAAGUCUACUGUAGGUACGAGUGCGAGACGAUAAUAUGUACUUGAGUGUACACGAACGAGUGAGAUAGUGAGUUCCGUCUUCUGCCACCUUUUACUGCGCUUCUUCUUCUUAAAGUUCCCUCUCCUAUCGGAGAUUGGAUAUCAUAAUGGCUAUGGUCACUUUGUUGGCUGCUGCUCUGAACAGUUGUAAUGAACUACUGUUAAACCAUUCUCUAAGGUUCCUCAGCCAGGAAAUGCGUCUUCUUCCUUGGAUCCUUCCUUGCAUAACAAUUCUCAGCAACUUGUAUUUUUUUCUCCUCUGGUAAUGUGACCCAAAUAUUCCAGUUUUCUAGUUUUUAUACUCUUCACAAUUAUUUCUAACUCCUUAUUUAAACGUCGCGGUCGUAGCACUUCAACAUUGGUAAUCCUUUGAACCCACUGAAUUUUCAAUAUUCUUCUGUAACACCACAUUUGGAACGCUUCUAUUCUUCUUAUGUGUUGUCUCUUCAAUGUCCAAGCUUCCAUUCCGUAUAGCAAUAUAAAAAAUAUGUAGCAUCUUUGAGCCCUCAAUCUGAGAGGCAACUGAAGGUCUUUGUUUGUAAGCGGUGUCUUCAUUUUUAUAAAUGCUUGCCUUACAGUUUCAAUUCGGACUUUAAUUUCUUGGCUUUGGUCAUUUUUGUCAUCAACCCAGGUUCCCAGAUAUUUGUAUGUCUUCACUUUUUCUAUUUGGAUUUGCUCUAUCAUUAACCUUUCAUUUCCAUGUUCUGUUUUUGAGACAAACAUGAAUUUAGUUUUUUUCUUGUUUAUUUUUAGUCCGUAUCGAAUGCAAUAAUCGUUAAUUCUAUUUAGCAAUUCUUGUAGCGAUUCCAGUGUGUCUACCAUUAUAACAGAGUCAUCAGCGAAUCUUAUGUUAUUUACUAUUCUUCCGGUUAUAGAGAUUCCAUCACUUAGCUCCGCUAUCGCUUCCUGAAAUAUGGCUUCACUGUACAGGUUAAACAGUAGCGGCGACAGAACACAACCCUGUCUUAUUGCUCUCUUUAUAUCAAUAUUCUCGGAUUCUUGUUCUUCUAUCUUUAUAUUGGCCUUUUGAUUCCAAUACAGAUUGAUGAUAAUUCGUAAAUCUCGUCUGUCUAUAUCUCUGUUUUUCAAUAAUUCUAUUAGUUUUUUAUGUCGGACCCUGUCAAACGCUUUUUCGAAGUCGAUGAAACAGGAAUAAAUAUCCAGGUUCAUAUCUAAGCAUCGUUGAGAGAGGACAUUAAACGCAAACAAUGCCUCUCUUGUUAUAAGUCCUUUACGUAACCCAAAUUGGGUAUCAUCCAUAUCAUAUUCUAGCUUUCUGUAUAAUCUUCCAUGAAUCACCUUUAGAAAUAUUUUACUGCGCAUCAUCGUCGUAUUAUUUAUAUUUGUAUAUAUUAUAUAUUACUAUACAGGGUGUUCCUAAAGUAGCGGACAUUUUUUUAGAUUUGUUGACAGAUGGCGCUAAUAAAUCGUAUUUUUCCAAUUACAGCGCCAUCUCUCAACAAUUCUAAAAAAUGUGUCGAAUAAAUAUUCCUAAUUUUUUGAUGAGCAAUCCAAAUCUGCAUUAAAAAUCGAGGGUUCAUAUUUAAGAUUUUAAAGUUACCCCCACCCCACCUCCAGGAGUGGAGUGGAGGCCGUGUUUGGUAUCAUUCGAUAGAUUUUUGAAAAAUAUUGAAAAUGUAGUUUUCGGUUUUUCGAUCAGAUGUGAACAUUUCGCGAAAUAUUCGAUCGUCUUGCUACUUUUGGGACACCCUGUAAAAUAAUAUAUAAUAGGUUUGUUCUAGCAUCAGUUUCAAACGGUUUGAAACCAUCAGCGAAUAGUGGACCAGCGCGAGUAGAGGGAAUAUCACUUUUGACUGUAUUAUGUUCUCUCACUAACCAACUGUUUGCUGGUGGUUUCUGACUAGUUUGACUGUUUGCUAGAACAAACCUAUUAUAUAAUUAUAAAUAAUACGACUGGUAAUGCUCAGUAAAAGAUCUCAGUAGACGGAAUUCAUUAUCUCACUCGUUCGUAUACACUCGAGUACAUAUUGUCUCACGCUCGUACCUACAGUAGACUUUCAAUGUGUCCGGUAAGGUGAAAAAAUCAUUGAAACUGUCCGGCUACUGAGAUAUUCUCUUUUGAUAGCAGUCCAAGUAACAUAUUAUGAAAUUCAGCUUUUAUACUUUAAGGCAUGAUACUAUAAAUAACGAGAUAGUAUCUUCCCGUAACUCAAAUACGUCCGAAUUCGCGCAUUAUGACGUAACUGGAGACCGGAAAUUGAAUUGGAAUUCUUGUUAAAGUUAAAUGGGAUUUGUAUGCAUUCUGUGAUGAAAUUAUUCAAUUAGCAAAAUAAUAUUAAACUUCAAUAUAUUCGAAAAAAAUUUAGUGUCGAGAUUCCUCUCAAAAUAACUGUCAAAGAUAAAAUAUAAAAUACACUUAGCCUACAACCGCGAACAAUUAAAACUAAUCGGACAUUACGGAUGAUUACGAACCAUUACGAACGUAAGGUCUCCAGUUACGUCACGACUUCAGGAUGUGCGAUAUAUUAGGUUCGUUCCAAGACGACACAUUUGUACGAUCCCUUGAACCGUCACGAAAUCGAUUGGACUGUCUUAAUGCGCAGAAUCGCCCUUGAACGGUUUUAUUUCGAUCGCGAACCGAUUACCCGUAGUAACCCUCUUGGAACGUAUUUGUGUACCAUUUCAAGUUCGAGUUGCGCCUGAGCCAUUUUAAUGAGAGUACCACUAGUAGUUUGCUAGAUGGUUAGAAAUUAUCAUUUCUAACAUGUUCAUUAAAUAUCACUUCAAAAUCUUCGUCAGAAUCGAUAUCUGACAAAUCGCUCUCUUUUAUGGAAAAAAAAUAAUAAAUUAUCCAUAUUUUUAAGAUUAAUUUGAAAAAAAAAGAAUUAAUAAUUAUUUAAACGAAAAUCAAGAUUCACAGGUACUAAUAGCGUGGAUUGUGGAUUAUUUUGAUUGAAUCAUCAGCUGAUCUCAUAGCAGUGACCAUUAAAAAUGAAAACAAUCCUAACUGCGCAAGUCAGUACAAAUAGUUUCUGCUUGAAGGCAUGUAUCAAAAGGACCGUUCAUUUACCGAUUUCGAAACGGUACAUGGAUCGCUUGGAACAACACAGUGUACGAUACGAAUCAUCGUUCAUGUUCACUUGGAACGCAUUUUUUAUAAUGCGCAUGACGAGGGCAGUACGAAGGACGGUUUUCAUGUUACUUGGAACGCGCCUAUUAUCUUGUUAUUUAUAAGGCUUGUUCCAACUUGACACAAAACCGUUCUUGAACCGCCACGCUCAUGCGCAAUAACGGACAAUUAUGCGCAGUAACACAUUUUUCGUUACUGCGCGGUUCACGAACCGUUCAAGAACGGUCUUGUGUCGAGUUGGAACAAGCCUAUAGUAUCAUGCUUCAAGGAAAGUAACAUAAUAUUUUACACACCUUUGCUACCUGUUACCUGCUCAAGUAACCACGAUCCAAAGUCCGUACUCGCUUAUCGUUUUUACCUGUGUUGGGGACAUGCGCAGAGAUCUUUCAGCUUUCAUUAAAUAUGGAAUGCCUAGCGGCCACGGGGCCUUGGGCUAUAACGUAAAGUUCUGAUUAAUGGAAUAUAGGCCUUCUCAGUGGUGUGUAAAAAUUAUAAAAGUAUAUAUUUUACGCUUUACCAAGUAACUACUAAAUUAGCGAGUUAUAUAAAUGUCAAUUAUUUAUUGAAUUCUUGUGAACAUCUUGUAUGGAAUGAUGAAUGAUAAAUGGUAUGGUACAAAAUAUUUACUUAUAUUGAUUUAAUUUUAUAUUCAAUUUUUUAAACAUUGAUCGUCAUAUAAAAUAAAAAGGGGACAUACAAUGUUUGUUCUAAAAUGAUCCGACCUUUGUUCAUAAUGUCAUUCAUCUCCAUCCAGCUUGGGUCAUUAUUGGACUUAACGAUAAGCAUUCGUCGGUGCUUAAGUUUUCUUCUUACAGUGCAUAUCCGUUUCGGGUGUUGGCGACCAUCAUGGCAAUCAGCAGUUUGCACACUGCUGCUCUAAUAAGAUUUGUGGUUGUUGUGUUGAACCACGUACGUGGAUUUUCAGCCAGCACAUCCUUCGCCUUCCUGGUCUUCAUUUUCCUUCUACUUUUCCUUGUAAAUUAGUUGCAGCAGUCCAUAUUUCGCUGUUCCUCAUGCUGUAAUCGAGGAAUUCGAUUUUGGUCGUGUUUAUUAUGGUUAAGUGCUCUUUUUCUUUUUGUAUGUUUAAUAAAAAACCCUGAUUAGUAACGUGGUCGAUACACGAUAUCUUCAGGAUUCGACGAUAACGCCACAUUUCGAAAUACUCAAUUUUCUUGCAGGUGGCGUCUACGAGAGUCCACGACUCAACUUCGUACAACAGUCUAAGCCAUCAUAGUAACCUGAAUGUUAUGGGAAUUGAUAAAUCAUGACAUUUGAAUAGCUUAGCCAUUUUUGAAAUACAGAUCGUGCUUCCUCUAUCCUACAUUCGAUUUCUAUGGAAGGAUCCCAAUUUUCAUUGGUGUUCGUACCAAGGUUGGUGCAUGUUUUUGCUCUUUCUAUUUGUUGACAGUUCACACUCAGUUGUCCAAAUUUCUUCAGUCACUGAAGUAAUUCUGAAAUUCAGUUUUUGUAAUGCCUUCAAGACCAUCGUCACAUUCGUUUGAAUCAUCUCUAUGUAGUGGAAACGUUACAGGCUGUUGUCUGGACUUUAUGGAGACUGACGGAGUUGUACCCUUGUGUUUUUCCAAAAAGUCUUGCAGUAGGUUUGACAAAUGUGCUGGCGCAUUAUCGUUAUGAAGAAAACUUCAUUCCAAAAAUGUGGUCGGCUUUUUUUAGAACUAGUACUUAUAAUUCUUUGGUUAUUGUCUGACCUCUUGGAGCGUAUUUAUGGAGCAUAGACGCCCGGAUGGAAGCUUUCUUUAUGAAGACUGCUCUUUUGUUUCAGAGUCAUAACUGUAAACCCACGUCUCAAGAGUCAUAUCUUUUAAGCAUGAUUUUAUCAUGAGCGACCAUUUUUAAGUUUUUUAAUGACUUUCUACUGUACCGUUAUUCAUUUUGGAAUGCUUGACACUCACGCACCUAUCUCAUUCCCAAAUUCUCGAUUAGAAUUGUUAAAAUACUAGUUGUUUUAUAUUCCAUGAUCGUUUUGUAGUUCGUCUAACGACGGUUUUUCGAUUUUAUCCAGUAUCAUAUUUUCUAUAUUUUCCUGUGUUAUGCUGAAAGGUCAAUAUCAACAGACGUGCGGUCAUCUUUAAACCGAUAUAACCAUUCUUUUAUCUGUGUUUUGCGUAUAUACAUUAAUCUUCAAAUCACUUUUGCAUUAUUUGAAUAGUUUCUGGACAUGUUUUUUCGUGUCUGAUGCAAAACUGAAUCCUGAUUGGUUGCUUGUAUCUCCCCCUUAUUUUCAAUGAUAACAUAAAGUAACGAACACAAAAAGACAAUGUAAACAGAAGCAUGCUGUUACGAAGUAGACACUUUCUAUUGGUAAAUACUGCUUACGGAAAUUUCUACUACUGAUUUCGCUCAUACCCCACAGAGGGCACUGAAAUGUUUUGGCGUGAAGUUGUAAGGUAGAAUAAAUACAUUUGGAACAAACCUCGUAUUCAUAUUUUUAUACAGUGAUGAGCGCGCUAAUAACCGGCAAAAUAACGCAAAAGAUGGAAAACAUAAUACCUUGCGCAACACAAAGAGAUGAAAUUAGUGGAGGUGGAAAUGAUAGUUAUAAACGUAUAAAUUAACAUUACAUUACAUAGUUUCCCACCUUUAGACGUAUCGAAGGAGUAUGACAAGUGUCAUUGUGACAGUAGAAUUUAAUAAAAUACUCCUGUCACAGACGUCUAAAGGUGGGAAACUAUGUAAUGUUAAUUAUUUAUACGUUUAGAACGAUAAUUUCCAUUUCCACUAGUUUCAUCUCUUUUUGUUUCGUAAUGUAUUAUGUUUUCCAUCUUUUGCGUUAUUUUUCCGGUUAUUAGCGCAAAUUUCAAUUUCAAAGGAUUUAAAACAUUUCAUCAAAUAUUUAUUAAACAUUAAGGGUCAUAUGGCUUUUCAUUCACAGUCAUUUGUUUCGAGAUUCUGUCAUAUGUUGUAUAAUCUGUGUAUAAUAUUAAUAUACGACAUAUGACAGAAACUCGAAACAAAUGACAAUCGAUGGAAAGCCCUAUUAAGAUGAUAUUCAGAUAAAAUUAAGAAAAGCCAUAUACUGUAAAUGGAAAGAACAACACGAAAUUAUUGUACAUACAUGGACAAACUCUCUUUUGUUUUCUUCCAAAAUGAUGAUGAUAUGACGAUCAAUGUGAUAAAUUUAUGAUGAUUUGUAGAUGUUCUCCAUAAUCUUAACAUUUUGUUGCUAGAUGAUUAAAUGACAUUAAAACACAUUAAACAAUUGGUAAUAUAAUGAUGCAUAUUUUGAUUUUUUACGAAUUGUUCUGUGUUUAGAGGUAAGGACUCUUUUUGUACAUUUGUUAAUACUUUUUGACUGAUCGACUUAAAAGUGAAUGUAUUUAGAAUACGUAAUCAGUUGUACAAUAAACUUUUUUUUAUUAAAA